CGUAACACUCCAGCCAGCGUGACUGGGUGUCUUCUGAGGAGAGGAUGUGGAGAUAAACAGUCGCUGCGGUUUUAUGUACAGCGUUGAUAACUAAAGCUCGAUGAGGGAGUAUCGCUGCAUGCUCUCUACGCGGCCGCUAAUACUUCGAAAUCAAGUCAGAAAAUAAUGGCAACUGUUAAAAAGGAUGACAGACUGACAAGCACCCAAGGUUUUUUGUGCGUGGGAUUCGCAGGAAUAUUCAGCAAAACCGCCACGUCUCCCUUGGAAGUCGUUAAGAUUUUAAGCCAAGUCGGAACAUUUCACUGUAAAAGAGGGUUUUUAAACAGCUUUCAUGUAAUCUAUCAGAGUGAGGGCCUGCGAGCGCUAUGGAAGGGAAAUUUGGCUUCAUGUCUCCGGUUGUUCCCUUACAGCGCGAUCCAUUUGUCAACUUACAAAAAGGUUGUCCACUUGCACAUGGAUGAGCUGGGCUACAUCUCACAGUGGAGGGCCAUUGCGGCGGGCGGGCUGGCUGGCAUCGCCGCUGCGCUAGCGACAUACCCGCUGGAGGUGGUGGAAACGCGGCUCAUCGCACAGAACUGCCAGCAGCCCACGUACAAGGGGGUCCUGUACACCCUCUCCAGCAUUUACCACAGCGAGGGACUGAAGGCCCUCUACAGGGGCUUCUCCCUCACAGUCAUAGGUGCAGUUCCCUUCUCCCUGGGCUGUUACGCAGUGUACAUCAACCUGGACAUGCUGUGGCAGGAGCCCAGCGUACGCUUCACUCCCCUUCAGAACUUCAUCAAUGGCUGCAUGGCUGCAGGACUGGCCCAGACUCUUUCCUUCCCCUUCGAAACAGUCAAGAGGAAGAUGCAGGCCCAGAGUGCACUGUUGCCGCAUUGUGGAGGGGCUGAUGUCCACUUCAGCGGCAUGCUGGACUGCUUCAGGCAGGUGAUCAAAAACAAGGGCUUCCUGUCACUGUGGAACGGCCUCACUGCCAACAUGGUCAAGAUUGUUCCCUAUUCUGGCCUGCUGUUCACCUGCUUUGAGAUGUGCAAGCAGGUCUGUCUUUACCGCAAUGGUUACAUCGUGUCUCCACUCAGCUAUCAGCUGACCCCAGGAGUGGACCAGAGCCUGGGCGCGUCUGAGCUGGAGGAGGUGAAGAGGUACCUCAGGAACAGGAAAUUCCAUUCACAGCAGUCCACCAUUGGGAACCGGUGGUGACAUCACCUUUCACGCCUAGGUCCCAAACCACUGAUGACCUCCUGUCAACCACAGUGACAACCUUGGCCUCUUGAAAUGGGAAUGAAACUGGAUGUUGGUUCCAGGUUGCUUUUGGUGUACAUGUUUACUGCCCAUGGCUGCAACUCUGAGUUCAUGACCAACAACGGUACUAGAUGGAGCUUGUGCAACUGUAAAGAAAUGUUAUCUUGCCAUACUGUACUUGCAAGUAACAAUGCACUGACAGCAAUUUUACAUUAUGCUCAAACUUGAGUAUAUGUUAGUUUUAAUGUAUAAUCUGCAAUACCUCUUGAAACAUUAUGAAGUUUUUCCUGUGUAUUAUCUUGUCUCAGUUAAAAGAGUUAUAAUGCACGGUACUGUAUUAUGUCAUGGUUAGGUCUCAAGCACAACAGAAUCAAAAGGAUAAGACACAUGAAAACAAAAUAUUGAGUGUCUGGUGCUAAAGAGAUACAGCAUCUGCCUUAUUUUCACCGCAGUCAUGUUAAAUGGCUCUGAGGCAAAAGCUUGUUGUAACUGGCUGCUCCUUGUCUUACUGACAUUAUUUGACGUAAAUUAUGUAUAUGUGCCUUAUAUUUUGAAUAUUUCAGAGCAAUAAUGAGUGGUCUAUUUCUAUGUUGACCAUGUGGAUUUUGAACAAAGUAACCACCUCAUGUAUGUAUUAAAAUUCAGGUGAGGUGUUGCUUUCAAUUUGGCUAAAGUUAAGUGCUAAACCGGUCAAAUGCCUCUGUAUCUUGUAGCACAGGUCAAUCUAGAAAUUCCACUCACUUGU